AUGGAGGGCGAAGCACUGCAGGAGGAGGAUGAACUCACUGACAGUCCCAAGCCGCUCGGUUUCCCUUUCUCCCUCGCUGGCAACCACCGUUCUAGUUCAUCGCCUUCCUCCAGUCCUCGCCCCAGCCAAUCCCAGUCUAGACCGAGUGCAGAAUCCUAUAGGUCCAACGUCCCCCCCAAGCGCUCCUUCGACACUAUCAAUUCCCAGAUGUCGUCCAGGGGCGCCCUGUAUGCUCUUGCACAGGAAAGCCUGUCAGCCACCUCUCUUAGCAGUAGAGUCAGCGGUGCCGCUGUGACAGCGAAAGACGGCCUGCUUGGCAAAUUCUCAUCGUUGGCACGCCCACGCGCCCCUCCGUACCAGGCGUUUUCGACACCGUCGUCCCCUGAUCAGCCGUCCCCUAUCCACUCCGCCCUGAAUCGUUCUCAGACGUCCACGAACCAUCACGACAACCGACCCGGUACCACUUACGACCCUGAACCUACCCGUUUCACAAGCUAUCCAGUUGAUGCGCCCAUACAUCCCUACGCCAAUCCCGACUUGGUUGUCACCUGCGAUGGAGAGCCGACAGCUCCCGGCUCCCCUACCCUCGACAAUCAUCCUCUUGCGCGCGGAAGUUCAAGUGCCACUGUCAAAGAGAGCUUUACUCCGGCCGAGCCGCAACGCAGGGACUCCCAAGCAGAUGGGCCGCGACCGCGGCGGUCAACUGUUCAUGGAAAAGGCAUCUCUUCACCCAUUGCCGUUCAAGGCAGCGCUUUACCGGCCAACAUUUCAAGCCAUAUUGUCACUCCUGCUCCAGACGGUACUGUAAGCGGAUCUCUCCAUGGAUGGACGGAGAGGGUCAUCCCGCCUUCGUUCAGCUUAAUCUCCCUCGAGGAGGCGCGAGCUCAGCAAGCGCGAAAUUCCGUCCUACCGAACGAAUUGUCCCGAACCACGACUGUGAACACUGUCUCCCACGCCAUGCCCCAGUUUGUCCACGACGAGUCGACGAAUGGCGCACCACUUGCUCCUACCAGGUCCCGUGGGCGUACAACGAGCGCAGGUGCCAAGGCAAUGAACGCAAUUCAAUCCAUGGUCGGAACUGCCAAAGUCGAUCGCAGGGAUUCGGAGUCCGCUGUACCUCCUCAAAAUGUCAGCCAACCCGGCGGCAAGACAUUAAAACAUAAGAAGAGCGGCUUUAUGCGGCUCUUUAACGCUGGAAAGGAGAAAGAACCUGACGUACCGCCACCUGUGCCCUCAAUGCCGUCGUCGGACCUCAACGGAUCAUCGAAGAAGCCCUCUAUUUCGCGUGUUCCGGUUCCUAAUUUCAACUCGGACUCCCAAGGCUCUCCACCUUUCUCGCAAGGAUUUGGCCAUGCACCGCCCAGUUCCAGGCCAUCGCCACCGACGCUUCAGAUCAACACUCGCGGAGGAUUGUCUGACGUGGAGCGACCGCCGCUCAGUGCCGUUACACCGACGGGCUUCGACAAGCCAUGGCUUAACGGAAGUCAACCGCAGAGUGCUCCUGCAGACGUUACUGCAUUCCCUGCCUUGCAGCUUCGCCCCGUCUCAAGUCUCUUCACUGGCUUUGAGCACAUCGUACCCGACUUCCAGUCCAACGCCAAUGAGCGCACAGGCUCCGAAACCCCGACAUCUGCGAGUCCCAACGAGCCCAUCACUCCAGGACUUUCCGAUGGGCUCUCGAAAUCCAGUCACGAGAAUCCAGCAAUGACUAUCAAAUCCUUGCAAGAUCAACUCGCUGCCACGAAAUUGGCGUCACAGCGCCAGAAAUGGGAACUCGAAGCCCAAAUUAGGGAUCUCAAGAUGGAAGUGGAACAACUUCGAUCAAAACAAGGGGGUGAUUGCGUCCACUGCAGCCGAAAGACAUGGACUUCGUCUCCCAUCAAUGAUGCUCCAGCUUCAGGCGGUACGUCUCCCGGUAAUGGGAGGAGUGUAUUGAAUCGACCACGAGCCAAGACGGGUACCAACUCGCGAUUUGCCAACCCACAGCCAUGA